UCGAAUCAAUCUGUGAUCAACCAAAAGACAAUUUUAUUAAGAUGACUGUUACCUAUACGGCGCAAGUAGCCACGUGCCGUGGUUUUGGAUGUUUCCUCAAAUUGCUAUUAAGGUGGCGAGGUAGUAUUUACAAAUUAGUAUGGCUCGAUUUGCUGGCAUUUCUCUUAUUAUAUUACAUACUAAAUUUAACCUAUAGAUUAUAUCUCGAUGCUGAAGCUAAAAGAAUAUUUGAAGGUAUAGUACUAUAUUGUGCUACAUACACGGAUUUGAUUCCGUUGUCUUUCGUGUUGGGUUUUUAUGUAUCAAUUGUUAUGACGAGAUGGUGGGGCCAAUAUACGAGCAUACCCUGGCCCGACCCAAUUGCUGUUUUCGUUAGUGCUAAUAUACAUGGACAGGAUGAACGUGGUCGACUGAUGCGCCGUACAAUUUUACGAUACGUCUGCCUAUGUAUGACUAUGGUCUUCAGUAUGAUAUCUCCCCGUGUCAAGAAACGUUUCCCUACAUUAGAUCAUUUACUAGAGGCUGGUCUUUUGACCGAAAACGAACGUGUCAUCAUGGACGAUUUGAACACGAAGUUUCCCCGACAUUCCAAGCAUUGGUUGCCAAUCGUUUGGGCUGCAAGCGUUGUGACAAGAGCCAGAAAAGAAGGCAGGAUCCGAGAUGACUUUGCCGUUAAGACUGUUAUUGAUGAACUCAACAAAUUCCGUGGACAAUGUGGAACAUUGAUCAGCUACGAUACCAUUAGCGUUCCUUUAGUUUACACUCAAGUGGUGACCCUGGCGGUAUAUUCUUAUUUUAUUACUUCUAUCAUGGCGAGGCAGUGGACCGAACAAACCAUCAUCAAAGAAGGAUAUUUGAACACGAUCGAUCUAUAUUUUCCAUUCUUCACAACUCUACAGUUCUUCUUCUACAUGGGAUGGCUUAAAGUGGCCGAGUCUCUUAUAAACCCUUUUGGUGAAGACGACGACGAUUUUGAAGUUAAUUGGCUCGUUGAUAGAAAUCUGCAAGUUUCCUACCUCAUAGUGGAUGAAAUGCAUCAUGAUCAUCCAGAGCUGAUCAAAGAUCAAUAUUGGGAUGAAGUGUUUCCUAUAUGUAAACCCCAUGCGUGA